AUGCCGCAACUUGAUAUUCUUACGAAUCUAGAGAAAUGGAGUCAGGUAAUUGCGUUCAAAGUAAAGAUGCAAAAGAAGUAUUCGACUAUGACCAUAUCUAUUGACUUCAACAAGUGGGCUUUGACGAAUUGGAAUAAUGAAGUUUGGACAGCUCCGUUUGGAGAAAUGCCUGUACAAUGGUUUCCUGCGUUCUGGACUCUGAAGCAGCGUAAAGAAUGUAAGAGAUUUCAGGUUGUAGUUAUAGAUAUUCCUAAAACUGUUACUAACAAUAUAGUAUAUAACGCGGAAAAUCCAACCCAAUCGAUGCUAUCACAACUAGAUGGUGCUUUAGCUUUUAGGAUUAUUCAAGACCGUGGGCAUAGGAAGUUAAUUGUGUAUUUCGACACUUGGGCUAGCCUGGAUAAAGCACUUAAUAUAGAUUUCAACUUUGAAGAAUUUAAAGAUGUUUGGACUUGA